UUUAAUUUCCCUCCUGAAUUUAAAGAUUACAUAGAGUGUAAUACUAGUAGCAAGAAGAAAAAAAAUUGGCGCCAAUUUGAACAAACUAAAAACCGACGUUUAACUAACUAUAGCUAACUACAUUCUACAUAACUGGAUUUUAAAGAAUAGGCGGCAAUUAGAAACUGAAUUUUUAACUAACUAUAAAUACAUAACAAGUAGAGUAUCCAUCCAUUCCCCUGUUUUGAAGAAGAAAAUUUGUUAAAGAUGUUGAUUUUGACGACAUUGGUAUCGUUGAAGGAGAGAAUGGACGAGUUUAUGUUCAUCAAGUUGGCUAAUGCUCAUCAUCCAAAUGAUCAAUUCCAUAGACGCCGCCAAGUGUUUAUGACAAGAAUUAGGAUCAUCAAUUGGAUUAUUGUUCUUUUCACUUUCAUCUCCGUCCUCUGUUUUGCCUUCUUCCUAUUCUAUUGUGUGAGAAAUGCAAACAGAGUGCAAAACUUGAUCGCUGUUGAUGAUCAAGAGUACGAUUUGGAUCUCUAUCAGGAAACAGAGUACAGAACUCCACUGAGAAAUUUCAACUUGAAGGUCAACAAUGGAGGAAAUGAAAUGCUUGAAUCUCUGAAUCAAAGUCGAUUUCAUAUUGUCUCUUUGGCAUCAGUUCAUGAUCUAUCGUCAAUAUCGAAUUUGAAGGUCAACAAUGGCGGAAUUGUUGAGCCGGAAUAUCUGAAUCACAGUGUUCCAGUUCAUCUCAUCUCUUUCGCAUCAGUUUCACCAACAAUGCCGCCGACAUUUCCACCACCAACGCCGUCGUUCUCAACCACAGCAACGUCAUCACCUCCGCCACCGUCGCUGACACAGCGCCAAAUCCAAGAACAGCAACUGAACAACAUCUUACAGGCAUUAAUCGGAGCAGGGGAUUUCGUGGGGUGGGCUAAUUUGUUAUCUUCAGCAGAUUUAUCAUCUCUCCCACUCACUGCCACCUUCUUCAUCCCUGGAAAAACCGCCAUGGCAAAUCAUCAAACAGUUGGUAUGCAAAACUUAGACCCAUUAUUAAUCGCUUAUCACAUAAUCCCACAACGCCUUUCUUUCUCUGAUCUUCAACAGCUCAAACCCAACACCCGAAUCCCAACUCUUUUGCCUUCAAAAUUCAUCAUCGUCACCAACAAUUCAUUAUCCAAUUUCACCAUUGAUGGGUCUCAAAUCACAUACCCAGAUCUAUACGUUAGUCUUGCUUUCACAUUUCAUGGGGUCGAUAAAAUUCUUGAAUACUCUGUUAAUAAUGCUGAACCCCUGUUAUCUCCUCCUGUUGAAAGUCCACCAAUACCUGAUGCUCAUUCAACCCCCAGUCCGCCAUUAAAGCCGAAAUUUCCACCAUUUUUUCCUGCAAGAGGAAGGGGUUCUGGGUCUAAUUCAAAUAUUCCAUUUUCCAUUGAGAAAUUGAUGGGUUUUUUGAGUGUUAGUAUCUUUUUGCUGCAGUGAUGAAGAUCAAUGUACUGCUCUGUUUUUUUUCUCUUGAAUCAGCUCUGUUACGGUGAAUUCAUGAAGAAAUGAGAAACUUUAGCAAGAUUGGAACUUUUUUUUAGUUUUAAUUCUGUAUGUUUUGCUUAAU